AUGACGUCGAGCCACCCUUCCGACGCGACUUACGUCGCACAGCUACUCUCUCGCGGCGUCGAGAACCUCGCGGAGGAACCCAAACGACUCGAAGAGGACGCCGCGCGCGCUAAACGACGACUUGAAGACGUCAGCGUCCGAAACUACCGCGCGUACAUCGACGCCGCGGCGUGCUACGCGGCGGUGAGGGCGGAGGUGAAGGACGCGGCGACGCUGUUGGAGACGCUCGAGGCGCAACUGCCGGAUUUGAAGCGCGGAUGCGAUGGAUUCGUGAAAGGCGCGAAAGAGAUCGCGAAAGCGCGAGCGAUGAAUCGGACGCUGAUGAAUAACUCUGGGGCGGUGGCGGAAUUGCUGGAGGUGCCGAAGUUGCUGGAUGCGUGCGUGCGGAACGGGCACUACGACGAGGCGCUGGAUUUGGAAAAUUUCGUGGCGAAGAUGGAAGCGACGCACGGGGAUAUUGCGUUGGUGAAGAGGUUAGCGGACGAGGCGCGGGCGUCGAGUGCGGAGAUGUUGCGAGCAUUGUUAGCGCGGUUGCGAGUGGGAAUACAGUUGCCGGAGUGCUUGCGGAUGGUGGGGUAUUUGAGGCGUUUGAGCGCGUACGACGAGACGACGCUGCGCAGGACGUUUUUGGCGUGCCGAGAAGAGUACAUCGCGAAUACGGUCGGGGAGUUGGAUGACACGAACGCAUACGAGUACUUGAAAAAGCUCACGGACACCCAUCGCGUGUCGCUGUUCGACGUCGUCAUGCAGUAUAGGGCGAUAUUUUCAGACGAAGCGGGUGACGACGCGGGCGAAGACGGCGGCGCGUUGUUGUACAGCUGGGCAACGCAUAGGAUCUCCAAAUAUUUGGACUUAGUCAAGGCCACGCUUCCGCGCGUGUACGAAGGUGGAGCGCUGGCGUCGGUGUACGAGCACUGCGAGUAUUGCGGCACGAGCUUGGCGCGCGUGGGAUUGGACACGAGGCCGCUGUUGCGCCCUGUGUUCGGCGACGCGGCGAUGGCCGUCUUCGACGCCGCGCUCGCUUCCGCGGGUGAUGAUUUCGAGCGCGCGCUCGCAUCGGCGACAUGGACGGCGGCAUCGUCCACCGCUGAAUCCACACCUUUGGCUGCGAAAACAGAGGCAGGCGAUAACGUCGAGGGUCCGCCCGCGACGUUGGCCGAUCACGUCCCGCUCGCCGCCUUCGUCAACGGCGUCCUCUUGGCGUACAACGAGCUUCGACACCUCACCCCCGCCCUCGAGCUCAACCUUCGGCUCGCACGUUCCCUCGAGUCUGCGUUCAGCCGCGCCACCGCCUCCUUGCUCGCGCACGGCCAAUCCAAGGAUGCAUCCGCGGCUCGAGACGACCGCGCGCGCGCCGCCUUCCUCGCGUGCGUCCGCGCCUACCUCGACGCCGCCGCCCCAUUCCUCGUCCGCGCCUUCGCCAGGCUCAUCGCCGGCGCCCCGCACGACUUGAAUCGCGUCAUCGAAGACGCUCGAGCGGCGCUAGCGCCCAUCGUAGACUCAGAAUUGUAA